GCAGGCGCCGGAGUGGUUAAGGACCGCGGGAAGCUGCUCGAGAACUAGUACACCCCUGCGCAGGCCGGCCCUAGAGGCCCGCCGGACGCGCCAUGACCGCCGGGAGAGCCUGGGGCUGGGCCGCGGGGGUCCUCGGCGUGGUCUGCCUGGUGCUCCAGUUCGACUCCAUCAGCUGUGAUCCCCAGAGGAUGUUUGGAAUUGUGAACAAGAGCGUAACUUUCUAUGUAGCAAGUUCCGAACACGUUACAGAGAUCAUGUGGACAAAAAGUAAGGAUAAAGUCAUCGAAUGGGAAGCAGGCUCCUCCAUCCACGUUUUCCCACCUUUUGUAGAUAGAGUUCAUUUAGACACCACGUCAGGAAGCCUUACCAUCUUCAAUCUGACAUCAUCGGAUGAAGCUGAGUAUAGAUUUGAAUCUCCGAGCUUUGGUGACAUCUUGUUUACUCUGAAUGUGAUUGAUCCUCUUCCAUCUCCAACACUAAAUUGCACCUCGACUGCUGAAGACAUUACAGUCCAUUGCAGGAUCCCGGAAUCUUACAACCACACAGAAUUUUUAAACUACUCAUGGAAUUGCUUUUCAACACCGUGUGAAAGUAGCUCCGAUCCGUCUGAAGUGUUGAUUAAGAAGAAAAAUGAUCUCUCACAGGAAAUACAGUGUAUUGUUAGCAACCCAUUGUCCAAACAGACAUCAUCGCUUGCUUUAGCAACCUGUGUCCCAAACAGUCAGUCAAGGCACAAUUUUGUGAUUAUACCAGCAGUAGUCCUCGUAGCAGGAGUGGCAUUUUUUUUGCUGUUUAGAAAAGGUUGUCUGAAAUGUGGCAGAAACACAGAGAGAACCGAUCCCAGUUGACCGGUACUACAAGGUGAAAUCAAAUGUAUAGCGACUAACUUAUUUAAAUAAUGGAAAAAAAGCCAUCUGAUUUGCCAUUCAAGUUUAUGUCAUCUUCGAGGACAUUUUGGAAUUCUAAUCUGAAGUGGCCCUCCACCAGAAGGUUCUUUUUUGGCAGAAAUAUCAACUAAAAACCAGCACCAGUAUCUACCCUAUCCCUGCUGUGAUCUAUGACUAGAUAACUGUAGAUAAUUUUGCGUCUCAAUUUUUUACUAUAAAUUUUCUAUCAGAGAUAUAAACUUGUAAAUAUGUAAA